AUGUCCACCACAACAACCGAGCUCAGCACCGGCGUCACCGUGACAGGAACGCAGCCCAAAGGCCGCAUGGCCCUAGACGGGUCUCCCACUAACUACGGCGAUUUCCGCGAUGCCCUGAAUAGAGACGGAUACGCGGUGAUCAAGGGUGCGAUCCCGCGAGACCGUGCCGCUACAUACGCGGAUGAGUUUUAUACUUAUCUAGAGGGAUUUGAUCUCGGCUACAACCGCUCCGACCCGUCGAGCAUCAAGCCCGCCAACCUGCCUGUCAUCAACGAGAAGGGCAUGAUAUUGGCGUAUGGUGUGACGCAUGAGAAAUGGGUGUGGGAUAUUCGUGGCGAGCCUGGGGUUGUGGAUUCCUUUGCGAAGGUCUAUGGUGACGAUGACUUGAUUGUCUCGUUUGAUGUUGUGAAUGUGCAGUUUGCGCAUCGAGAGAAUAUGCCUGAGAACAAGCCCUGGCCACACCAAGACCAAGACCCAGCCAAGCCCGGUUUCCGCUGCCUCCAAGGCCUCGUGAACCUAAACCCCUGCGGCCCGAACGACGGGGGACUGAUCGUCUGCCCAGGCGGCCACAAAGUCUCUGAACAAUUCCACCGCGAGAUGGCCUCCGAGCCACGCAUCCCAGCCUGGACGCCGGAGUGGUUCGGGUUCACAGAGAACGGGAUGAAGUGGCUUGCUGACCAUGGAUUGGAGUGGGUGAAGGUCUGCGCGGAGCCAGGCGAUUUGAUUGUCUGGGAUAGUCGCGUGCCGCAUUAUAACCUCCCGCCUAAGGGGGAGAAUGAUAGACUUGCGGUUUAUACGUGCUAUAUGCCGGUUAAGGAGGCGAGUGGGGAGGAUUUGGUUAGGAAGAGGGGUGCGUUUGAGGAACGCCUUGGGACUACGCACUGGCCGAAUGCGGCGCAUGUUGGUACGAAUGUUGCGAUGAGGGAUGGGAAGAGGUGUCCCAAGACUCGGGAUCGUCCGGUUCAGGAGCCGGUUUUGAGUGAACGGACGUUUAAGUUGACUGGGAUUCCGUAUAUCAAGCAGAGUGCUUGA